AUGGAGAAAAAAAGCGUGGGGUAUGGGUUCCGGUUAAAGAGAGGAAUAUGGAGUGAAGAGCUCGAACUGCCGAGUAGGCUUGUUCGACUUCGAUCACAAACAGCACGAGAACGGCGUUCAAAAAGUCAACCAAUUCAUUCACCGAUUCAUAUUGACAGUGAUGAGGAAUAUGAAGGACCAGCAGAGCAUAUUUCACGACUGGAUGCUUUGGCUUUCUACAAUGCAUCCAGCGAAUCUGAGGGAUCAUCUUCAAAAGCCAGAAGUUAUCGAAGUUCAGUGCAUAGCACAACAUCUUCGAUGACUUCUUCAAGUACAGUCUCAAGCAGCGAAGAACAGGGUGUCUUAACCGCUGAAGCAGCUUGGGAUCAUGUUGCCAUUCUUCCAGACGAACUACCGUUCGCUGCUGGUGAUAUAAUCAAUGUGAUCGAUUGCACAUCGCAUUCUGAUCUGUGGUUUGGUAGUUGUAGAGACAGAACAGGAUGGUUUUCUUCAUCUCACGUUCGGAUACUGGAAAGAAAUGUACCAAAUCGAAGCUGUUUUGUUGGUGACUUCCCACAGCCUCUACGACAUUUACGAACAAAAAUCAUUCAAGAGUUGAUGUCCACAGAACGUGACUAUGUUGCGCUUCUACAAAACUUAGUUCAAGGUUUUUUGGAGCAAACUCGUCGCCGUUCAGAAAUGUUUCCAGCAUCACGCAUACAGCGAAUAUUUGGAAAUUUGGAAGCAAUUUGUGCACUGCACUGUAAAUUUCUUCGAGAACUUGAACUAACGUUUGAUUCUAAGAUGCCAGAGAAUUCGUGUAUUGGAAAUGUUUUCCUCAGAAAUCGUUCGAAUUUUUCCAUCUAUUCCGAAUACUGUAAUAAUCGACCGGUUUCAUGUGCUGAACUUGCAAUUCUGGAUGAACAGCCACAUUACCAUCAAUUUUUUGAGGCAUGCCGUUUGCUCAGAGGAAUGCCCAAAUUAACGUUAGAAGGUUUUUUGCUGACACCGGUUCAACGAAUCUGCAGAUAUCCAUUACAGUUAGCUGAACUACUGAAAGCUACACCGUCAUCGCAUAGUGAUCGAGAACCUGUACAGGCUGCAGCAUGUGCCAUGAAGAAUGUCGCUGCAUUGAUCAACGAAAAAAAACGACGAUUAGAAGGCCUUCAGAAAAUUGCUUUAUGGCAAAGAAAUGUUGAAGGAUGGAGGGGUCCAGAUCUGGUGGAAACAAAUAGUCGUUUGAUUCAUAACGGUGAAGUAUCGUGUAGAUGUGUGGUUGAUGGCAGUACUGUGUGGCAAAAAGAUGCACAACUGUUUCUGUUUGAUCAGUCGUUGAUAAUCUGUAAAAAAGAUUUGAUCAAAAAAAAUCAUUACAUAUUUCGUGAUCGUAUUACGCUUAAUUCGGCUACAUUUAUUGACUGCAAAGAUGGAAAAGAUGCACUAUUAGGCGCAACUUUGAAAAACACUUGGAAAUUGGUGCUGACAGGUAGGGAAUUGUAUUUUUCAUGUCGUGACCGCGAAGCUAAACGGCAAUGGACGGAACAUUUUCGACGGCGGAUUGCCAGUUGUCCACCGACACCCGAAGAAAGACGGCUUGUACGUGAUACACUUUCACGAGCCUAUCGUAAGUGUUCCAUGAAUCACUUUAGCUGA